AUGUUCGCCCGCGUGUCCGCGCCCGCGCGUCCGCGGACGACGCCACAAGCGUCUCGCCGCGCGCUGUCGACGCGAUGCGCCCCGCGAACGCCUUCCGCGCCGCGCGCCGACCUCAAACCGCGUCCGCGACAGGAAAACGAUUGUUUUCAAAUCGCGGCGACGUCCACGCGCGCGCUCGCGCCUCCCGCGCAGUUCACGCCCGCGCAGGUGUUCGCGUUCAAGUGUGGCUUAGUCCUGGGUCUGCCACUGGCGUUGUAUAAGAUUGCGCUGGACGUGCGGGCGCAGAACAUCGCAGAGCGUCGGCGCGCGGCGGCGCUGGGAGCGAAGACGCGCGCGGCGAGCGCGCUCGACGGAAGACGGGACGGGAUGCUGCGCGCGGACGCAGUGGCGGCGAAGCGAGAGGCGCGAUCGGAGAUGCGACGAAGGACGAAUGUGAUGGACAUUCCGGUGGCGAGCAAUAAGAAACGGGAGGUGGUGAUGCCGACGCGCGCGAUGGCGAAACCGGCGACGAAACCGACGGCGGCGGUUGAGUCGAAAGCGACGGCGCGGGCGCCGAAAGCGAAGGGACCGCCGGUGAAGAUAACGCUGGCGACGCAGUGCGCGCUGCCGGAUGGCGUCGGGUUAGCCGUAGUAGGGGAUGACUCGGCGAUCGAGAGGCCGAUCGCGAUGCAACGCGUCGGCGCGGAUCGAUAUCAAAUCGUCCUCGAGGUGGGAUCGGGAAAUUUGACGUACAUGUACGUGGCGAAAAAGGGGGAUAAAUUGAUCAAGGAAAAUCGAGUGAAGGAAGGAAAGGGUGAACGCACGAGACAGAUCGACUUGGACGGUAAACCACUCGUGAUCGAAACCGAGGCGCCGGUUUUCUAA